GCCAGGAGUUCACAAAGCGCCGCUCAGUCGGUGGGCAGCCGCCAUUCGCGACCUACGCCUGCUGCUACCGUGUGAAAGGCUGACAUGCCACGCGACUCGCGAUGUCGUUCCUACCGCGUGAAUAUUUAUGAUGCGAUCACCGACUUUGUUUCAUUAUAAAUGGCACUGCCGACCUCGAUGCCUCAUCGCCACUCGCAUACGACCAUAAAAUGCCAAUAAAACGAACUAUCGUGAAUAGACUUGAGCGCCGAAAUUUUAACUUUGUUGUGUAUGUGUUAUUCUGCUGCUAUGUCGUCGACAGGAGCACCGCGGCCGAAAUGCCGCACGAGUGCGCCUACCGCACGUCUGAGACGGAAACGUCGGAGGACGCUGUUCUUUUCUGCAAAAUAAGAACUAUAAGCAGUUUGGAUCACUUGUUACAAAACAUUAGCCGGACACAUUUCGAUGAUGUAAUUUCGUUGCACGUCCAAUGUAGUGAAAUUCUGUUCUUUGAGAGCACGCUUGCAGCACAGACGGAAAAGACUUCAGGGAAACAUUCGAAUCUAGGCAAACUCAGAGAUCUUGUCAUUGACAAAUGCAAGAUACGACAGAUACCGGCACGUGCUUUCGAGAAUUUCAAGGAUCUGAAAUCUUUACACGUGACUACGCACAAUAGUGAAUGGUCUGCGAUGACUAUGGAGUUGCAUGAAUAUGCGUUUUCGGGACUAAGUGAGUUAAUCGAGUUAGAUUUAAGUGACAAUAACAUUUGGAGCACUAAAACUGAUACUUUUUGCUCAUUGUACAGUUUGAAGACAUUAAAUUUAACCAGAAACCAUUUGCAAAAUAUAAAAACAAUAGGUUUUUCCGAUUCGACGCGGGAACAAAACUUAAGUGUGAAAAGUUGUAAUUUAGUUUUAGAAGCUCUUGAUAUGUCUUAUAAUGAUUUGAUUGUGAUUACUGAAAAUAGUUUAUCCAAAUUACGUUCUUUGUCAAAAUUAUUUUUACAAAACAAUGCGAUAUCUACUCUCGAGGAUGGUGCUUUUGAGGGUCUCAUAAGUUUGCAAGCAUUAAAUAUGUCUAGUAACUUUAUAAAUAGUAUUCCACCUGAUAUUUUCUUCGACACAAAAUUUUUAAAAGAAAUUAUAUUUAGUAACAAUACCAUAACUGUUUUACCUCCUGGUCUUUUUAGAGGUUUGGAACAACUUCAAGUAUUAGACUUAUCUAAUAACCAGCUAACUAGUCAGUGGAUAAAUAAAGGCACAUUCGUAGGGUUGUUACGUAUGGUAAUAUUAAACAUUUCAUACAACAGACUUUCUAAGAUAGACCGCUACAUGUUCCAAGAUUUAUAUAGUUUGCAAAAACUAAACUUAGAGCAUAACGAAAUAAUGACUAUCGAUGAACACGCUUUUGAAGAACUUCGAAACUUACAUUCUCUUACACUUUCAAAUAAUAAAUUAAUACACGUGCAUACGAACAUAUUCACGGACUUGCAUGUCUUACACGAGCUGUUUUUAGAUAAUAAUAAAAUCAAACACAUAGAUGAAUACGCCUUUGAAAACAUGACUACAAUUGAAGAUUUAGGACUUAACGAUAAUUUGUUACCAACAAUACCGGCCUCAAUUCGAAAAUUACGAUCCCUCAGAUCGUUGGAUAUCGGGAACAACAAUAUAACCCAUUUGAAUCGAGAAAACUUUCGCGGUCUGACAGAACUUUUUGGUUUACGUCUCGUAGAUAACAAAGUUACUCAUUUAAAUGAAGAUACUUUUGAACAUUUGCCACAGUUACAGGUACUUAAUUUAGCAUCUAAUAAAAUAAAACUCGUUUCUUCUGGGUGUUUUCGUAAAAAUGUUAAUUUAAAAUUAUUACGCAUGGAUGGAAACGACAUUACGACUUUUGAUGGAAUUUUUUCUUCAUUAAAUACUUUGGUUUGGCUUAACAUGUCGGCCAAUAGGAUCUCUUCUUUUGAUUUUAAUAGUUUUCCUAAAAGCCUUGAAUGGUUAGAUUUACAUAUGAAUUUCAUAAAUACAAUGAAUUAUGUAAAUGAAGUAAAUUCAAAUAUUAACAUUAAGUUAUUAGAUUUAAGUUACAAUAAUAUUACCCAACUUACUGUUACUUCUAUACCCGAAUCUAUAGAAAAACUUUAUAUAAAUAAUAAUAACAUACAACACAUUCAAGUGGGUACUUUCUCCAAACUACAAAAGCUGUCAAUUGUUACAUUGAAUAACAACAAAAUAGUACAACUUGACAUGAACGCAUUUAGGUUAGAUCAAAUAGAUGAAGAUAGCGACUUACCAGAGUUUUUUAUAAGUGGAAACCCAUUUGUUUGUGACUGUUCAAUGGAAUGGAUUCAACGGAUCAAUUAUUUAAGUCACAGUCGACAAUACCCGCGUGUGUUGGAUCUCGAUAAAGCUUUUUGUUCAUUGGUUCAUUCGCGAGCUAAAGAGAAAAAAAUGAUAAUAGACAUGUCGCCUUCUGACUUUCUGUGUCCAUAUGAAAGUCAUUGUUUUGCUCUCUGUCACUGUUGUGACUUUUUUGCUUGUGAUUGUGAAAUGAUUUGUCCCAAUAACUGCAAAUGUUAUCAUGAUAUAACGUGGAACGCGAAUGUCGUAGAUUGUUCGAACGCUGGGUAUAAAGAGGUACCGGAUAGAAUACCUAUGGAUGCCACUGAAAUAUAUCUAGAUGGUAACGAUAUCAAUAAUUUAGGUAACCAUGUCUUUAUUGGUAAGAAAAAACUUCAAGUUCUUUACUUAAACAACACUAAAUUAAAAGAGGUAAAUAAUCAAACAUUUAAGGGAGUCGACUCUUUGAGGGUAUUACAUUUAGAGAAUAAUAAACUAGUCGAGUUAAAAGGAGAUGAAUUCGUUCAUCUUAAUAAUCUUAAUGAAUUAUAUUUGGACCAUAACGCGAUAGUGCACGUUGCAAACAAUACUUUUUCGUCGUUAAAAUCUCUUUCAGUAUUGAGAAUCGAUGAUAAUAAACUUGUCAACUUUUUCCCGUGGAAACUGUUAGCAUCGUCUUCAAAAAGUUUAGCGCACGUUUCAAUAGAAGGUAAUCAGUAUUCUUGUGACUGCAAAAGUAUAGCCGAGUUGGAUACAUGGCUUCGAAGAGAUCCAGGCGAUCCUGAAAAAAUGUUGUGUACAGACACUGAAGGCAAAUCUACUAAAAUAACAAUAGCUUCAGUAUUAAGCCAUUGCAAAGAGUAUCUGGGGUCGAUACAUGAUCCUACAGUUUCUAAAAAUGAGAUUGUCACCAAAUCGUUAUUUCUUCCGGAUAACUAUUUUGCUGUAAUUUGUGGAAUUAUUAUAAUUAUAGUUGUAAUCUGUCUUGUAGGUGCUAUAUUUUAUGCUUUCAGAUACGAUGUCAGUGAUUGGUUGUACACUCAUUACGGUGUGCCUUUAUUUAAAGAACAAUCGUGUCCAAACGUCGAUCAUGUAUUGGAGGGAAAUUCCAAUCAUAUGUACGACUAUUAUGUGAUAUGUAACACCAAAGAUACCCAAUUUAUAUAUCAUAAUAUUAUGUCAGAAAUUGAAUUCAGGAAAAUGACCUCCAAAAAGUUUUCAACUAACGAGUCCUCCUUAAAUAUUCUAACAUUAGAUAGCUUUUCAAAAUCUUCAAAAUUAUCUAAACGUCUUCUAAUUGUUUUGACCACAAACUUCAUAUGCAACGAUCUGUGCGAUUUUCAUUUCAAAAAUAUGUUUUACAGUUACUUAAAGUCUUUAAAUCGUAGCGACUUGAAUAAGGUUAUAUUUGUUAAGAUAGUAGAUAACAAUCAAAUAAAUGAUGAAUUGUGUUUCGUGUUAGAUAAGUUUAAAAAUAUAUCGUGGAACGAUCCCCGUUUCUGGGAAAAAUUUAUUGCUUUACUCAAUUCCACCGACACCAUUAUCACUGUGAAGAGCUCUGAGAGGAGCGUAUUCAAGAAGUCAUUACGUCAGACUCCGACGUUGAGAUACACCACAAUGCCGGUCACAAACGACAGUUGCUCAAAGCAGAAUUUUUCGAAUUCACUACAGUAUUGUAAAAGGAACGACGGGGAAACAUCACAGAAUGAAAGUUCUCCUUCCUCGGACAACACGUAUGGGGAAGGGAACAAUUCGAACAAUAGUUACAUGUCGAUUGACAAUAGAGCAUGUCCCCGGUUUAAUUAUGACCUCAGGCUUUCCCCGAGCAGUGGUCACGUGUAUUCUAGGGUAGAAGAUAUAUCGCCGACUGUACCUCGCUCUAUAACAAACACCGCCGCGAAAGGCCGCACUUACUUUGUCUGAAAACUUAUUUUACUCGCAUAAGCAUUGUUCUUUUACUUCUCGCACUGGAAACUGUUAAGUGCACCUUUUGAAUAUAAAAUGUUAAAAUUUAAAUUAUAUUUCACUGUACAUACUCGUAAAUUGUAUUUUCGUAUACUAUUAGGAAGGUAUUGGUCAAUUUUCACAUACGUAAAUGACCCGUAUUGAUUUACGUAUUAACAGUGUAAUACAAUGAUAAAAUUAAUUAAUUAAAAAAAAAAAAUAUUUUGUACAAAGUUCAUGUGAAAAUGUUAAUAAGUCUGAUAACGUAAACAUUUUUCAAAUUUUAAUGAUAAUUGUAUUUGUAUAGUCUAUUGAUGUGCGAUGUAUUUACAUCACAUUAACUGUAAAACAACACCAAAUAGAGUAAGUCGAUAAUUGUAAAUUUCAUAUUCACAAAAAUAUUAUAAUGACGGGUACAGACUAAAGCCGAUGUGUGGCGGCUUUUUAUUGUUGCAAAGAGACCACUUUUCCGUAGGACUGGUCACUAUGUAAUAAUUUUAAAACCCAAUUACACUGAUUUUAAUUAUUAGCUAGGUAUUAAAUAAUUCGAACGGCUUAAGUCAGUCUAUUUAAUGCUGUAAGUAAAACCGUACCUAUUAACUUUAUAAAUUUAUUUUUUAAUAUGCAUUUCCUUGCUUGUAAAUAUUAUUGAAGUUUAUGUCAACCUUUUUAUUAUAUAACAAUAUUCUACUAUGUAUUCAGCACUAUGAAUGGUAUAUGUACUUGUAUAAAAAAAUAUUUUAUUUCUAUUUUGUAACAAGAAAAUUUGAGACCAAGUACGAUGUUAUGUAAUGAACAUAUACUGAACACUGUAUACGUAAAAAAAAAAUGUCUUAUCACGGCGUAUAGUUAUGUUGGAAAUUUAGGAAUUCCAAUUGUCACUUUCUGUUGAGUUUUAAUUGGACUGUGAAAUAAUUUGAAAAAUCUGGAAAAUAAUUUGCAAAUCUGGAAAGAAAUGCCAAUGGGGAUGAUGACUAGGUUUGAAUAUAUUGAUUUUAAUGAUACAUUCGGGUAAAUAAGGUCAAUGUUAACUAAUUUAUACAUAAUAAGCAAAGAUUGACUGGAUAUUUGCAAAAUAAAUAAGAUUAUAAAAGUUCAAAAUCUAUUAAAAAUAUUUUAUCGUAAUUAGAUGAAAAUUCAUACAGUUUUAGCUUCCUUACAUUAAAUGUGACAUUUUUAAAUAUGUGAACUAUAAACAUGAACGCAGAAAUAACAAAGAUAUUAGUAAUUUUGUUUAGAAGCCCAUACAAAUCUAACGAUCAUUAAUUGCCUACGACGUCAUAAGUGCGUACCAUUUUGUAUGGGGCGUUUUCCAGGGAUCCGCGGCAGCGCCGCAAAUCUGACCCUUUAAUUCCCUGUAGCUCCGAAAGUAAUGAUCGCAGAUACCCUGUUACUUUUACAAAAUUGCUUUACUAUUAGCAUACUCUUAAUUUAUAUACAAUUUAAAAAACUGUCAUCAUCCCUAUUGGCAAAUUAACAAGUUAGUAUUAUGCUAUCUGUUACAUUACAAUAUCCUUAUAAUAAUUUUAAAACUCAUCACAUAAUACUAUUACUGUAUUUAUAUAUAAAAAUCUACGUUCGCGGUGUUACUGUUUAGUGUUAAUGCUUGAAAUCUUAUAUAAAAUAAUUAAUUAUUAUAACUAAGCUAAAUCGUGAUAUUAGAUUUAAUAAUUAUGAAUUUGCAAAUAAAUGUAAUUUUUGAAUUGUAAUUAUUAGUCGUAAUAAUAAAAUAUUAUUGUUUUGUAUAAAAUGUACAAAGAUAUCUUAAAACCGUAAUAAAAUUAUACUGACGUUUUGAUACUCA